AUGUGUGACCCUACUGGCGCUCAUAUCACUCGAAUCUAUGUCAAUUGUUCCCGACAAAGUCCAUCGCCAAUUCGUCCAUCAAAUACAGUUCCGGUUUGUACAUCAACCCCAAUAAAUAAUGUUGCUCAACCCAAUCCAUCCCCGAAACAACAAAUGGCAUUGGUUGCCAAAGAGAUUCUCAAAGCACAACGUUCAACAAAUAUAUUCGUUCAGAAGCCUGAUUCUCCCCAAAAGUCAGUCCCUGUCUAUACUGCCAAAGAAGUAUCUCCACCGCAACCUUCUUCAGAAACAUUCAUACAAAAACCUGAGUCGCCGAAACCUGAAAAGUAUGCAUUUGUUUCCAAAGGAACUGGUCAAAAAAUUGAUUUCACUACUGGUGAUGGAAUUAGUAAAAUAGCUCCUGUAAACACAGGAACUAUUUCUAAGAAAAAAUCGCGUCAAUCACUUGCUAUUGUACCACCCGCACAAUCCAAUCGCUCGUCGAAAUCAAGUGACGAUGGCGAUUAUCUAGUGCCGAUGACUAAUGAAGGAAUGGCAACAUCGAAUGAGAAGAGAAAAACCAAUUUUACUUCAUAUGAUGGUGUUCAAAUGUUUACAUUUACAUUAGAUGAUGAUUGA